AUGCAGCGCCGGCCGCGCGCGCGCGCGCAUAGGCGGGGGGACACUACGGCGCGUGCGCGGGUUCCGGGGCGCCACGCGCUCUCCUUUCCCCUGCGCCUCCUCCGGGGGGGCCGGCCCCGCCCGGUUGGUUCCCUCCGCUCUCCGCGCGUGCGCCCCGGAAUCGCUUCCCUUCCCAGGCCUGGGUUCGCGUCCGCGGACUCCCGCCUCGGCGCGGGGGCUCGGCACGGGGGCUUCACGUGCGCCGGGGCGGCCGCGGAGGCGGAGUCUCAGUCUCGUGGGGUCGCCUUUUCGAGGGCGCAGGUUGGCGGCUUGCGGGAGGCCGCGACCCAGUUUUCAUUACUGGCGCCAGGAGCGUGGGCGCGCAGACAGAGCUGCCGCCCGGAGGUGUUGGCGACGGGCUGGAGCCCUCCUGGCGCAGGAGGAGCGCCGCUGGGCGUCCGGAGCCUGCUUGCUGUCUGCGCCGGCACCGAGCCGCCGCCGCCGGUGGUCUUGGCCGAGGCCGCUCCCGCAGAAUUCGCUUUCAGGUUUUACGCUGAAGGGUAUUCUGGGAACAAAAAUCUACACUUUACCAGUGACCCCAGGAGAUCCCACAAAAGAGCCGUGAAGCAAAUGUUGCCUGUCCUGUCCCACCUCCUGCAGCACCAAGACAGCGAGGUUCUCUCGGAUACCUGCUGGGCUCUGUCCUACCUCACCGAUAGCUGCAAUGAGCGCAUCGGCCAAGUGGUCAACACAGGGGUCCUGCCCAGGCUGGUCCAGCUUAUGAGCAGCUCAGAGCUCAAUGUCUUGACCCCUUCUCUCCGCACAAUCGGGAACAUCGUCACAGGAACGGAUUACCAGACCCAGAUGGCCAUUGACGCAGGCAUGCUGAACGUGCUGCCCCAACUCCUGAUGCACCCCAAGUCCUCCAUCCAGAAGGAGGCAGCUUGGGCCUUGAGCAAUGUGACUGCAGGGCCCUGCCAACACAUCCAGCGGCUGAUCGCUUGCGGCAUGCUGCUUCCCUUGGUGGCUCUGCUAAAAAAUGGAGAAUUUAAAGUCCAGAAAGAGGCUGUUUGGACCGUGGCUAACUUCACAACUGGAGGCACCAUAGACCAGUUGAUCCACCUUGUCCACUCUGGAGUCCAGGAGCCACUGGUGAAUCUGCUUACCAUCCAAGACACCAAAAUUGUUAUCAUCAUCCUUGACAUUAUCUCUUUUAUCCUACAGGCAGCAGAGAAGCUUUCAGAGAAGGAAAAUCUGUAUCUUCUGAUAGAAGAAAUUGGUGGCAUUGAUAAAAUUGAGGCUUUGCAACUUCAUGAGAAUCCUCAGGUUGCCCUGACUGCUUUGAACAUUAUCAAGAACCAUUUUUGUGAGGGAGAAGAAAGUGGUGCAAUAUUACCAGCCCUGGACCAAGAUAAUGAAUUCUUAAACCGCUUAACAAAAAAACACCAAGGCCCCAUGACUUCUAAACAAAGGACCAAACCCUAAUGGGUAACUUCUUUGAGAACCUUCUAUGAAUUGGCUUGGCACAGGUGUAAAGCUUUUUAAACUAAAUGUUAAUAAAAUUUUCAACACACACAUAUACACACAAAAUUCUUCCCCACACAUGGCUCACAUCUACAUUUCCAUGUUUGCUAGUCUUCCUCUUGAAACAUUCCCCCACCUCACCCCCUGACUGACUUGAUCCCACAAGGCUCAGUAAAAGCCACAUAUUCUCCAGGAAAGCUUCUCCAGAAUACAUAGACCACCAUCCCCACUGCCUCAUAUAUCUUCCAAGGCCCCUGAUGUGUAUUUUGCAUAUUUUGGACAUUUGGCUAUAACAUUAUAGCAUCCCAUUUAUUAAAUGUGUAGGUCUUAUAACUUCAAUACGUCUGAGAGCACUUUAAGUAUAGGUACUGUGUCAGAUACCUAGCCCAAGUCUAGGAGCAUGAAACUCAAGUUUAAGAUU